AUGCUCUUCAAUUUAAUAAGGUUCUUUCUCCGCAUCUCAUCCCCAUUCAACUGUUUUUGCGUGUGCGCCAUGUCAUUUGUACUAAAAUCUCCCCCCUCUCCAUGCAUCUCCCCACCAUGGACCAGUGCGGACGGGGCGGAGGUGAUAGCGGCACAGCACAGGUGGAUGGAGAGGGAGGCGGAGCUUGCACAGGCCAGACCAUGCCGGCACAGAUGUGCCUUCCCCAGCAGCGGAAGUGACUCAGAAGGUUCUGAUUCCUUUGAAGAUGCAGCACCGCUGUUCCGCAACCCAAAUCAUGGUGCUGGGUGGGGGAGAGGGGAUAGAGGAGGGGAGGACGAGGAAGAUGAGGAGGAAGAUGAGGAGGAGGAGGAAGAGGAGGAAGAUGAGGAGGAGGAAGAGGAGGAUGAAGAGGAAGAGGAAGAUGACGAGGAUAGAGAUGGAAGGAGGGGAAGGAUGUUGUGGUAA